CUUUGAAAGCCUACGCGCAGUCUCUUAACCGUGGUUCUCAGCUAACCAAACGUUCAACUAACCAUAGUUACUUUCUCUUUCCUUCCCAGUUUUUCCAACUCCCAUUCUUCAUUUCUUUGCGUUCAAUCUUAGCUCUCGUCUUCUCUACCUGUUCUACUCGAUAGAUCUACUCAAUCAUCAAAUCUAGGGUUUCUAUUAGUUCAGAAAUUGCGAUUGUGUAUCAAGCAUUGAUUUUUUUCCAGUUUAUUGGUAGAAUUUUUUUCUUUAUGCAAACAAUUGUGUGGGAAUCGCAGCGUAACAAUAGUCCCGCGAUUAGAGUGAGAAAUGGAGAUGCAGAAAAUGGUAGAAUGUCUUCAGAGGGGAGUUGAUACUCGGCCUCGAAAACGACCUCGUUUGACCUGGGAUGUUCCUGCUCCCGCUCCUCAUCCUCCUCUUCCUAAGGUGCUCUGCUUUUUUAGUUUCCUUUUAGUUCAUGAUGAAGCUUUUCUUUUUUCAGUUGCGCGUAUUUUGAUUAGUUUUAGAUUUCAUCAUUGUUAAUUUUAAUAUCCCGAGUUUUUCAUUUCUUGUUUGUUAUUUCAAUUUUACCGCUGUUUUAUGCGAGUUAAAAAUCUUUACCACGUUCCCUUUUGUUGUAGCAUAGCUUAAUUUCUUGAAAUCUGUAACUGGAUUUGCUUGUGUCCUGCAUGAGGUUUUGUAAACAGUUGAUGUAAAUUAUUUUGUUGAUUUUGUUUGCCUGUUUAUAAAUCUUUUUUCAGUGUAAUUUAUUUGGGCAAAAAUAGAGAUUUAUCUUUUGUAUUUAGUUUCUGUAAUCUUUUGUAUCUUAUCAUAUCAAAAAAUUUUAUUUUCAUUAGAUAUUAAACUUCCUCUCUUGUUUGUCCAUUUUUUAUGGCAAAUCAUGAAAUGCAGUCUCUCUUGAUUUAAUGGAAAUCUUCUCAUGAUGAAACUGAUUGUACAUUUUAUUACCGUUUUCCCUUGAAACAUAGAAGGGGAAGGAACCUAAUUGGAGGGGAAGGCUAUGGUUUUGGGGAAUAUAGAUUUUUCUGCAUUUUUGGCAUAUGUUUUGAUAAAGUUCCGAGGCUAACAAUUGCUCAGCACAUCUUGCACUAUCAUAAUACCGAUAGGUACUAUUGGUAGUGGUUCUCAUGGGGCUUUGUGAUGUUAUUAUUUUAAUAUGUGACCAUCACUGUGUUAUGAUAUUUAUCUGUCUGAGGUCUCUUGAGGUGCUGAAAUUCCUUUUGGGAACAAUCAGAUGCAUUUCCAAAUACAUGAUGCACUAUCUUCAUUAUUGUAAUAGGUCAUUCCAACAGUAUAUUGCGGUCAAGAGUUCAUGAAUGGGCUAUUGCCAAACUACCCUUAUUCAUCAAUAUAUUGUAAGGGGGUUCCUCGGAAUAUUUCCCCACCUUGGAGAUCAGAUGAUAAAGAUGGACACUACGUCUUUGCCAUUGGAGAAAACUUAACUCCUCGUUAUAGGAUACUGAGCAAAAUGGGUGAAGGGACAUUUGGGCAAGUUCUUGAAUGUUUGGACCAUGAAAGGAAAGAAAUUGUGGCAAUUAAGGUUGUUCGCUCGAUCCAUAAGUAUCGCGAAGCUGCCAUGAUUGAGAUUGAUGUCCUUCAGAAGCUAUUGAGGCAUGAUGUUGGUGGUAGACGUUGUGUGCAAAUACGGAAUUGGUUUGACUAUCGUAAUCAUAUAUGUAUUGUUUUUGAGAAGCUUGGUCCAAGCUUAUACGAUUUCCUCCGCAAAAACAGCUACCGUUCAUUUCCCAUUGAUCUUGUUCGGGAGUUUGGCAGACAACUCUUGGAGUCUGUAGCAUUUAUGCAUGAUCUACGCCUGAUUCACACUGAUUUAAAGCCAGAGAACAUUCUUCUUGUUUCCUCUGAGAGUAUCAAAAUCCCUGACUUUAAGUUUCUGUCGAGGUCCAUGAAAGAUGGUUCCUACUUUAAAAAUCUACCCAAGUCAAGUGCUAUCAAGCUCAUUGACUUUGGCAGCACCACUUUUGAGCAUCAGGAUCAUAGUUAUGUGGUGUCAACACGUCAUUACCGUGCUCCAGAGGUUAUUUUGGGACUUGGAUGGAACUACCCGUGUGACUUGUGGAGCGUUGGUUGUAUACUUGUCGAACUUUGCUCUGGGGAGGCUCUUUUUCAGACGCAUGAGAAUCUGGAGCAUCUUGCUAUGAUGGAACGAGUGCUUGGUCCCUUGCCUCAGCAUAUGAUCAUCAGAGCAGACCGUCGUGCUGAGAAAUAUUUCAAAAGGAGUGCACGGUUAGGUUGGCCAGACAGUUCUACCUCUAGAGAAAGUAUGCGGGCAGUUUGGAAGCUGCCUCGUCUUCAGAAUCUAAUAAUGCAGCUUGUGGACAACUCUGCUGGUGAUCUCAUUGAUCUCUUGCAAGGUCUUCUCCGUUAUGAUCCAGGAGAGCGUCUGAAAGCGAGAGAUGCGUUACGACACCCAUUCUUUACCAGGGAUUUAAGACGGGUUGGCUAUCAUCUGUAAAUCAAGAUUCUACUCAAGCAAACUAAAGUAACAGGAAGGAAAUAGUGCAGGUGUGGGUUGGGGAGCUAAAAAAAUGAAAGUGUGAUGUAGAUUUAACCCCUUUUCACUUAUGUUGUAUUUGUCAUGUCAUUUCUGUAUAGAAAUGGUGCCUCUCCACUAUUGCGAUUCCCGAAUAUGCUUUAUCAAAAUCAUAUUUGGCGUUAAAGCAUAUCUUCCACCCUUUUUUCCUUCCCAUCCUUGUUAUUGUGAUUGCACAAAAGAGUGAUAAAAAAAAUUUGUUGAAAUUUGCAUGGUUUUCUUGUAUGCCUUAUCUAACAGCUCAUCUACAAAUUUGUUUGCUGUUUCAUUCUACCAACAGAAUUUUGGAUCAAGAUAAGGGGAAGUCCUAACAUGCAGAUUUCGUGGCUUGUGCUCAAGUUGUUUUUGCCUGGCAGUUGGCUUGGCCAUUGAGUCUGAGAGAUGAGGUGGGAGAAUCCCUGUGCAUCAAAGACACAAAGGUAUCAUUUCUGUUACUAUUUCUUUCUAGUCUUUAUGUCAUCGCUUCACCCAUCUAUUGGAAACUGGUGAAUUAGUCAUACAGUCAUCUAUUCAUGCAUGCUGACUAGGUUAGAAAAGUAUUUUGUCAAAUAUAUAAGAUCGUACUCGAGAAUUGGUUGAUGUAAGAUGGUGCUGUCAAAUAUAUAAGAUCCUACUUGAGAAUUGGUUGAUGUAAGAUACUGCUGAGGUGUUCUUUUUUUUGGGGGGGUGGAGGGGGUUGGAGGAAUUGAUCGCUUCGUUGUUCAAGCUUGUAUGCUGGCUAUCCUAGCUGCUGACUCCAGGAACUGUUACAAAUGAGAUGUUUAAUCAGAAUGGCACAUCAAAAUGUGUAUUUGGUUUCCUUGGCGAGUGCUUAUUCAUGAAUUCUGAAGCUAUCCUGGAUGUGAAGUCGACGAGUGAGGGAUUGGAUGUUUUGCUGUUUUGGUUGAAAGAGAAUCAUUAUUAUUAUUAUUCCAAAAAAGGAAGUGUAACAUCUCGUGGCGUAUGAUUUUCUGAUAAUGGGAAAAAUAAAAAACAAUUCAAAUGUCAUAUCAGAUGUCCUAAAUUAUAAACAUUGAGAAAUGGUCGUUCUCUCCCCC